AACCCAAAAUCUAUCUUGCAGUGAAGCUGAAUGAAAAAAUGGUGAAAAGACCGAGUAUUGUUAGAGCUUAUUGAUAACAAAUUAAUGUAGGGUUUAUAGUACACGGUGUACGUGUGUAAUGUGGGGUUGAUCAUUGUGCAUUUUUAGAUGAUGCUCUUUCUGAAUUUCUCCAACGCUGAAGUAUUGAGGAAACCGUGUUCGAAACCGUACGGGCAAAAAUACCACUGGUGCGACCGUAGGCCUAUCUCCAUGUACAAAAGCCCUUUAGAUCCUGAGUCAUUGAAUAAACACGGACAGUGCAAAAGUGACGACCUAUGGAGGGCUACAACACUGUACUUCAGCGAGAAUUUCUUUUGAUGACCAGAGCAGACAUUGAGCACAGAAACGUGUGCCCUACCCCAACAACGAAAGAUCUGUGACUGUUGGAAAGAAGGGGGUAGCAGCCGUGGAAUAGAAGGUUUUGUAACUGUGGAAAAGGAGGUUCUGCAACUGUGAAAUAGAAGGGUUUGUGGCUGUGGAAUGCCCGGUUCCACGAGGUUGAAAACACUCGACGGCUGCUGUGUUAUUUCGAGCGAGUGAAGAGGACGUCGUACUCCUUCAAGAUGGAUGCAGACGCAAUGAAAGAAGCUCUCAUUUCUCAAUCCGAGAACUAUCUCAACCCUGGGGAGGAGGAUGAACCUUGCACCUCAUCGGCGUCACAGCUCAACGCUGGGGGCGCUAGUUCCUACGACCACUAUCAAUACCCAACCGAAACAGUGGGCCCGAAACGAGGGGAGAAUCCAUUGAGGAAUACACAUCAGAUGAAGUCUAGCAAUGGUGAACCCACCGACCCAAAUACGGACCGAUGCAAUAACGUAGCAGUAGACAUAGAGAGAGUAAGACCACCAGCGCCCUCUACGGUGGUUGGGAUGCCGGUCAUGUACCCACGAGAUUCUGACGUACUUCCUACAGCAAUACUGAUGACGUUUUGCUGUCCUGUGUGUGGAUGCAUGGCGAUAUCACAAGCUAGAAAAGCGCGACGAUUACGAGAGGCAGGGAAGUACACGUCAUCGGCGCUUGCAUCGGAUGCUUCCUCCUGGUGGGCGUGGUCAGCUGCCCUCUCGGGGUGCUUCAUCAUCCUAGGCAUGGCUUUAUCCGCAAUGGUCUUCAUGCUAUUGAAACUGAUUCAAGCAUAGUCUCUCUCCUGACAAAUACUACAGUUGACCUAGCCUGAUCCCCUGUCCUUAUCCCCAAGGAGAAUUGUUUAUAUGUACAGUAUAAACAUGUUUGUCUGAUUUAACUGUGAAUCUCCAGGAAAGUGAAGGCCAUGUGAAUGAAUGAGAGAUCAAAGAUGACUAUGGCAUGGAAGAGGGCUCAAAACUCUAAGUGUGACGUCAGAUAUUCAGGCUAAUCCACUAUCUCAUUUAAGUUGACGUCGAGUGCGUCUUUUUUUCAAAAGUAAUGACUUCAGAUGUUCAGGCUUAUCCUCUAACUCAUUGAAGUGGAAGUUGAGGGCGUCCUUCAAGCAUCAGUUUAUGCUCUUUAGUUUACAGUACUAAAACAGUGAUUCGCCGUCCCGGUGGCCUUUUAAUAGAAACUGCCUUAUAUCAAUGACUACUUAGACUGACAAAGGUACAAUGCCGGUUACCGCUUAAGACGGGCACUGGUCUAACAGACACAAUGGUUUCAUUGGAUGGACAUGUGUACGUAAUGACGUACCCAACUGGACCUAUAAUGCACACACGAUUUAUUAUUGUAAUGCAUGGUCAAAGGUUAAUCUGGCAGGAAACCAACAUAUUCGAAAGACCGGUAUCAGGGGUGCGUUCCACUCGCGCAAACGACUCGCAACUGUUCGCGCAAACGUUUUUUUAUCGUUUGAACGAUU